GCUGCAAUUCACACCAGGGCAGAAUCUGCGCGCCCAAGGCUAGAGGUAUAAUAUUGCAUGGGACACUCUGCAUGAAGCUGGAGAGCCUGAGCACACUGCAGGCAGCAAAAGACAAUGGCGACCGACAACGAUGCUUGCAUUCCGCUCUCCUUAUCCACGACAGGCAGUGGCGGAGCGAAAGAAAGCAGUGAGGAGCGUCCACUGUUGAUUGAUUUGAACAUGGAGGCAACGCGAGAGGUAUCGGAGCCCGAGGAGAGCCACCAGACCUUAGUCGACAAGCAGGAAGAGGCAGCUACCAACGAGCUUGGAAAGCGCAACCAAGACGUCGAAGCAGCCCCAGAAACCCCUAUGGCCAUGGAGCUUCCAGAAACUGAUGCACCACCUCCCGAAACCUCUAAAAGUCCCAAGGUUGAAGGAGAAGCCGGCAACGCUGACCCAGAAGCCACCACCGUGAAACCCAAAAGCAUGGAAGAAGAGAGCAGGGGUAAGUUGAUUGACCAACAGGAAGCGGAGGUCGAAGAGGCCCUGGCUAGGAUGCAAACAGACAAUGAUGCUGAGGAUGAGAAAGAAGAGCAGAGGGGGCAGAGGGAAGAGGCAAGGGGUGGAGACAGGGUCAAGGACGCUAACAACAUGGUAAACCGGGUUAAGGGGGCCGAGGUCUUUGUGGGAGGGCUCCAGCGGAUGACCACAGAGGAGGACCUCCGAGAGAUGUUUUGCAAAGCGGGCGAGAUUGUGGAGCUGAGGUUGAUGCAUGACAAGGCCGGGGGCCCAAAGGGAUUUGCAUUCAUCCGAUUCACAAACAAGGAGUCGGCGCAGAACGCAGUGCAUAUGCAUGACGCGACUUUCGUACAAGGGAGGAGGAUCGGAGUGACUAUUUCGAACGAGCAGGACACAUUGUUCCUUGGCAACCUGAGGAAGGAGUGGAGCCCAUCAGAUCUAGAGGCCCUCGUGAGACAGACCUUUCAGAACGUCGUGUCUAUCGAGCUAGCCAUGCCGCCAUCCACCGGAGAGUCGCCCCCAAGGGCCGAUCCCAAACGCAAGCAGAACCGAGGCUUUGGCUUUGUCAAGUUCACCAAUCAUGGCGCUGCGGCCCGUGCGUACCGGCUUGCUCAGCGCGGGGACUUCUUACUGGGAGGCAAGUGGAAGCCCGUAGUGGACUGGGCCGACACCGAUCCCGAGAUUCCUGAGGAAGAAAUGGCAAAGGUCACGACUGCAUUUCUGGGCAACCUGCCAAAGGAGGUCACGGAGGAAUUCCUAGCGAAGCACUUCGAGCCUUUUGGACCGAUCAUUCGCGUCGCCAUCUCUCGCAAGACCAGUACGCCCGUCGCGUUUGUCCAUUACGAGGAGCGCCGGUCGCUGGACGCUGCGAUCAAGGAGCUGGACGGGAAGGUGGUCGAGAUCCCGGACGGUCCGAAAUUCAAGCUGCAGGUGCAACUCGCAAAGCCCGCCGAGAAGAUCCCCCUGAAGAAGCGCCCCCGUCCCGACCGCGAAGACCCCCGCGGGGCCCGCCACGCCGCCCUCCGCAGCCCCGCGCCCCCUGGACCGGGACACUUUUCCGACUUUUCCUACCCCAAACCCGCGCUUGGGUUCAGCGAUUCCGGCUAUGGUGACGCCUACGACCGGGGCCGACUCGGUCGUAGUAGCAGGGGGCGCGGGAGGAGUGCUUAUGCGGACCGGGGGGAUCGGGUAUAUGUCGACAGGGGGUUUGGGGGGGGUGGCUACGACCGCGGCUAUGACCGGGGGUUCGGUGAGCCCCUGCGGCCAUUUAGCCGGGACGGGCCUCCUUCCAGGGGGUAUGGGAGCAGGGGCGGUUACGAGCGGGACUACCCCCCCGAAAUUGGGACAGCGUAUGCGGAGCUCGAUCGGCCCCCAUACGAGGGGCGGUCGGCGGGGGGCGGGUAUGCGAGCAGAGGCGGUGCGUUCGUUGACGUCAUGGGGGCGGCGUAUGACGACCUGGAAAGGGCGCCCGGGUUUGUGGGGCGGCGCGGGGAGGUUGACGUGGCGAGGGGGGCGUUUGACGAUCGUAAGGGGGACUUUGGGAGGAUCGGGGAGGGGGGGUUUGGUGCGAGGGGGGUCGAGCUUGAGCCGUACAGGAAGCUGCAGCGGGGGGGGAGUUAUGCAGCGGGAAUGGGCAAGUAUCCGGGACAGGCUCUCGACCCGUAUGACGAGGCGAUCAACGCGCUCCCCUCCCCAGUCGCGCACAAGCUGACGCGCAUCUUCCGCGACGGCGUCGCCUCGCGCCACGACGUCGACAUCCACAUUUUGGACUCGCUGCGGGACUUGCCGGAGCAGGCGGCUGCGAGCGUGCUCGACCAGUUCUCCAGCAUGGACCUGCGGGCGGUGCGCAGCAAGGGGGCUUACCUCGAUGGAGAAGUAGCGCGGUUCACCAGCAUGGACCUGCAGGCGGUGCGCAGCAAGGGGGCUUACCUCGACGGAGAAGUAGCGCGGGUUCGACGAGAGCUCGCCGCCAGUGCUACCAACUACGUGGAGCAGAUUGAUUCAGACUGGGACUACCCGCCCCGAGGGGCAAACGCGCCCUCUGCGAGCGACCCCCCCCUCGGCUACUCGCUUGGCCGCACGGGGCAGGGCUACGGGCGGCCGGCCUCGGGUUUGGCUGUGGGCUCCGGCAGAAGCUUUCUUUCCGAGGCACCCAGGUCGUACGGUCGGUUGGAGCGGCCGCCCCACAAUUUGCCCCACGAGGACGAGCUCUUGUACGACGACGGACGUGACGCCGCGGCACUCGCACCGUACGGCGCUUACUCUGCGGAGCUCACGGGACACGCGCUCGGCUUACAGAGCAGAGCAGCAGGUGCUGCCGCGACGCCGGCUCCACAAUUCCGGUUUGAUCCAUACACAGGGGAACCUUUAGAAAGAAGCGCUGCAGCUGCUCCGCAGUUUCGCAUUGAUGGAAGUGGCCAAUACUUCAUCGUUCCUCCAUAAUGUUAGUAUCCUUACUCGAGACUCUUCUCCGAAUUAGGAUGUCGUCAAGUCACCACUUGUGGCAAGAUUGGUUUAGAGCCGGGCCCAUUUGGCUCCGUAGCUUUCACAGGAGCUCGGAUGAUAAACUUUCCAGGCAAUGUUAGGCUUUAAUCGGGCGACGAUGGGAUGCAAAGAUUGUUGAAGUUCGAAUGGAAGACCAAUUGGUGUGCGAGCCAAUCGUCUUCACCAUAGGAUGCAUGAGAUGGAAAGGAUAUCUUUAUCGUUUGUCA